AAUCCCUUAAAAAAACAUUCUCAGUGUGUCAUGGUAAUUUGAUAAUGUUAUUACGGUAUUUUUUGCGAUUUCUAUGUACUAUACUACAGUAUUUUACGAGGUUUAACUUAAUAAAAUGAUAGUUUGUUAACUUUGACGAAAGUGGCAUACGUUUCAUAUGAUUCUUUCACAAGUUUAAAAAUAAAGCAGUAUCGUUCGAAGCGUAAGAUUUUAAGGUCUUUCAAUGAAAACAAAUUUAAUUUUGUUGAAAAGUUUUUCUCUUAUUAGACAUAGAUACAACAUGGAUCCUACAAGUAUGAAAAACCUUAUUAAAAUAUGCAUACCACCUCUGGAUAAAAGUAGUCAUAAAGGGCAAGCCGGAAGAAUAGGGGUAAUUGGUGGUUCUUUAGAAUAUACUGGUGCACCUUAUUUUGCGGGGAUUAGCUCACUCAAAGUAGGUGCAGACUUGGCACAUAUAUUUUGUUCUUCAGUUGCUUCUGCAGUAAUUAAAUCAUAUAGCCCAGAAUUAAUAGUGCAUCCACUACUAGAUAAGCAAGAUGCUGUUGAGGAAAUAUUACCAUGGUUUGACAGACUCCAUUCUAUAGUUAUUGGCCCUGGAUUAGGAAGAGAUUGGCAAACAUUUGAUAUAAUAGCAAAAUUAAUAGAAGUCAUCAAGCAAAAGAAAAUACCCAUUAUCAUUGAUGCUGAUGGUUUGUUUUUAAUAACAGAAAAACCAAACUUAAUUAAAGAUUUUGAUUCACCAGUAAUAUUAACCCCUAACAAAAUAGAAUUUGAACGACUAAGUAAUAAAAUAGAUGUACAGACAAUGGGGAAAAAUGUUACUAUAUUAAAAAAAGGGCCCAAUGAUGAAUUAAUAAGUCCAUUUCCUGAGUUCACUUGGUCAUUGGAGACUGGGGGAUCUGGACGGAGGUGUGGAGGACAGGGUGAUUUAUUAUCUGGAACUAUAGCUACAUUCAUGCAUUGGACUCUCGCUAAUAUUGAUAAAAUUAAAAUACCAGAUAUAUCUAAUAAUAAAAUGUUAGCAGCUUCUUUGUCUUGUUAUGCUGCAUGUAUUUUAGUAAGAAAGUGCAAUGAAAAGGCUUUUAAAUUAAAAGGUCGAAGUAUGUUAGCUACUGAUAUGAUAGAAUUUAUACAUGAUGCUUUUGAAGAAUUAUAUGACCAGUAAUGUUUAGUUUCUAUAAGGAUAGUGAUUGUGAAAUAAUGGUUUAAUGAAAUUAUCAUGUAUGUAUAUAUUAAUAAUGUAUAAUAUGUAAUGUUUUUUACUCAAAUUAACUAAAUUAUGUGCUGUGUUUAAAAAGCAGAAGAGUUAUGAAGUAAUAUGUUAGUUGAUAUUUUAUAACAUCUAAUAUCUGUUACCUUUGCAUCUAAAACUGGGUCAUCAAAAAAACCUUCUGGUAUUGGUACAUCACUUGCAGGUUCCUCUUUUUCUUUUUGAUCUGUAGUCUGUACAGGUUCAUUAACUGAAACAUAAUACUAUGAUAUACUGUUGGCUAUCAUCUCACUCUGAGAAUCAUUUUUAGAAAUUAUAUUUCUAAAGAGAAGACUUAUGUCUGUGGUUUGCACUACAGAGAAGUACCCAAUGAUAUGCAGGCGAAGUAAAAUGUCCCUUAGAAAUAAGGUGACACUCUACAAAACUUGCAUACGCCCCGUCACUACCUAUGCAAGUGUAGUGUUCGCUCACGCGGCCCGCACUAACUUAAAAUCAUUCCAAAUCAUUCAAUCCCGUUUUUGCAGGAUAGCGGUUGAAGCUCUGUGGUUCGUCAGGAACGUUGAAUUCCAUAACGACCUGGACUUUAGAGUCCAUCAGUAAGUAUCUACAGUCGGCGUCAAUGUGCCACUUCGCCAAAGCGGCACGACACGAGAACCCUCGCAUCGUGGCCGUCGGUAACUACAUUCCCGAUCCUGCGGACAGAAUGGAAAGCAGUCGACGUCGCCCCAAACACGUCAUUUCGGAUCCUCCCGAUCCACUAACAGUGCUUUUAGAUACCUCAAGCACUGGUCACCGUUCUCAUCGAAACCGUCGCUUGCGACGAAGGGCUCGACGAGUAAAUUAACCCUCAGACACAGCCCACUGAGUUUCUCGCUGGAUUUUUUCAGUGGGUCGCGUGUCCGAUCCAGUGGUAGAUUCUGCGAAGCACGGCUCGUGCUAGGGUUCGUGUUAGCAACGUCGUCAGGUUUGAGCCCCGUGAGCUCAACUACUAGUUAAGGUUACACUGAUAUAGCCUCUCAAGGCUAUCAGCUUAGGUAGGGAAAAAAAAACUUGGUCAAGAUACUGCCCUGUUUUUACAUUCUACCUACUACUAUUCACUACAGCUGAUGAGUUCAUCCAUAGUACAUUUUUAUCAUAAAAUUAGACAAUUUUGACUGACAUUUAAAAUAUCAUAUUCUACUUUUUUAAAUUGUAUAAGCAGGUGAACAAGCUCACUAAGCCUCAAUUGUGAUAGCUGCCUCAAUCUUAUAAACUGGAAAAAAUUGUGCUUCUCAUCAGGAAUAGGUGUGUAAUACCAUCAGGUGAUGGUAUGGUAGCUUUGUGAGUAAAUAUUAAAUUUGUUAUUUUCUCAAUAAAACUAAGGAGAAACAAAAA